AUGGAAAGAGUCAACCAAACCAGCAGUGUUUCUGAGUUCAUCCUCCUGGGGCUCUCCUCCCAGCCUGAGGACCAGAAACCACUCUUUAUCCUUUUCCUCACCAUGUACCUGGUCACCAUAACAGGGAACCUGCUCAUCAUCCUUGCCAUCCACUCUGACCCCCAGCUCCAGACCCCCAUGUAUUUCUUCCUGAGUUUCCUGUCCUUCACUGACAUUUGCUUUACAACAACCAUUGUCCCCAGGAUGCUACUGAGCUUCCUGUCAGAGAAGACCAUCUCCUAUGCUGGAUGUCUGACACAGAUGUAUUUUAUUUAUGCUCUGGGCAACACUGACAGCUACCUCCUGGCGGUUAUGGCCCUUGACCGCUAUGUGGCCAUCUGUGACCCCUUCCACUAUGUCACCACCAUGAACCACCACCGCUGUGUCCUGCUGGUGGCCUUUUCCUGCUCACUUCCUCACCUCCACUCACUCCUACACACACUGCUACUGAAUCGUCUCACCUUCUGUGACAACAAUGUUAUCCAUCACUUCCUCUGUGACCUCAGUCCCCUGAUGAAAUUGUCCUGCUCCUCCACAUUUCUCAAUGAAAUUGUGAUAAUGUCAGAAGGCUCUGUUGUUUUGGUGACCCCCUUUGUGUGCAUCACUUUCUCUUACAUACGAAUCCUCAUCACAGUUCUCAAGAUCCCCUCAGCUGCUGGGAAACGCAAAGCCUUCUCCACCUGUGGCUCUCACCUCACUGUGGUAACCCUCUUUUAUGGAAGCAUCUUCUACGUCUAUUUACAGCCCCUGUCCACCUACACUGCCAGGGACCACAUAGCAACACUUGUCUACACAGUUCUUACCUCCAUGCUGAACCCUUUUAUCUAUAGCCUGAGAAACAAAGACCUGAAACAGGGCCUGAGGAAGCUGAUGGGCAGGAGGAAAUCCCAGGCAGCACCUUCUUGACAAACCCACAAGUGGAAUCUGCUUCACUUGAAUCUAAUAUCUGCUAGAUCUUGGUGAACAACUGAACUGCUAGAGGUUAGUUUUUUUUAAUCUAUGUGAGACACGGCUAUUGUGGGUGAUCAGAUGCAUUGAUGACAGCCCACAAUUGUCCCCCGCUCUGUUUAAAUCAUGAUACUCUUCCUUACUAUUCCUCAACUUUCUCACAAAGAUUCAUCACAUUCUCAUCCUCUAAAUAAUACUUUAACCGUUUCCAACUAAUAUUUCCUGAAAAAAUUGCUGUCCUUUUAUUAAGACUUACUCUCCAAUACCUUUCACAUUUCAGUAUAUUGCUGAAAAUGAUUACCUAAUUUACAGCUGUUGAAUAUCUUUGUAAACAUAUCAAGGGAGAAAGAAUAGAGGGAGAGAGGGAAGGGAAGGAGAGGAAUUAAAUUUUAGCUAAUUUUCUUAUGAGGAUUUUUAUAAUUUCUUAUUUUUUUUCUUUCAUAAAACUUAUUCUUGCUUAAAAAUUAAAUUUUGCCUUUACUCUUAUCUUUCUAUUCUUUUAAAAAAAUUUUAA